AAACAAGAAAAGCCGUCGUUGAUGGAAGAGUGAAACGAGGCCGAACACUCCAGAGGCUCUUGACACAGCAGACAAACAUCGACGAGGUCUUAUCUUCUCAAGAGCCAUCCAUUCAUCCUGUAUUCGCCCGAAACUCGAAGCACGCUCUUAACAUUUUCGAAGGCAAAAAGGAAGAUAGGGAGAUGCCAACUUUGAACCUGUACACCAACGUGCCGGUCGACACGGUCGUCGCCUCUGACAUUCUCAAGGACGCAACCAAAGCGGUCGCUAAGAUCAUCGGCAAGCCUGAGUCUGUUAAGUGCCGUUUUUUUUCCUUCCUUUCGUUUUCAUUAGGGCCUAAAUACUUGCGGAUGACGUGCUAUUUGCACUGCUCACGCACUGUUCGACGAUAUUUCCAUUACGUUAUGAUACUGCUGAAUGGGUCUGUGCCCAUUGCAUUUGCUGGUACUGAGGCCCCGGCUGCAUAUGGUGAAUUGAUAUCCAUUGGAGGCCUUGGACCCAGCGUCAACGGCAAGUUGAGUUCCACCAUUGCGGAGAUACUCGAGACUAAGCUUUCCAUUGACUGCUCCCGGUUUUACAUCAAGCUUUAUGAUGUUCAGAGAUCAUUUUUUGGAUUCAACGGUUCAACUUUUUGACCAGCAACAUCUGUAACAGAUCCCUGGAAAGGUCGAUGCUUUGUGCAUAAGCUCACUACUAGAAAUACUUCUGCUGUAUCAGCCCCAUUGGGAGAUACCAUCACAGACUGCUAGCUUGUAACUGCAUUGAAUCAACUACAGAGUACAUUCGCGUCAUAAAUUUUAAAUGUCCCUUCCUGCUCUA